AGUGCAGGAAAAGAAGAUUGGUAAACGAUUGAUUUUCAUUUUGAUAUUCUGUUGAGUUGUUUUUACCAAUUCUACUUCUACCACGUGGAAGUUCUACAACAACAAAGCAUUUUGUUGAAACACUAAUGCUAGCAUCGUAGACUGAAUACUGGAACAACUAACUACAUCGAUCAUCACCAAAGAAAACGAAUAGUCGGGUUUUGUUCUCGAUCGACAUCGAGCGUCGUCUGUUCAUCGAUCCGAUUGCGAAGAUGGACGCACAAAUAGUGAUAAUUGCGGUAUACGCGUGCCUGAUCGUGAUGAUUUUGGUCAUGGCGCUGAUCCAGAUGUGCGUGGCAGCAGCCAGGGUUCCCAAAAUUGACGAAAAUUUGCGGGCACAGCAGUACAAAUUGACCAUUCAGCAGCCGUACAGCAACAACUAUCCAGGAGCAACAGGCACGACGUCUACUCCGCAAUACAGCUUCAUGGCCGGUCAGCAGCCACCUGUGCAUGGUGGGCCACAAGCGUACGCAGCGGGCCUGGCACCAGGUGUCUAUGAUCCUCAGAACAACAGUCACGACCCAAGAAGCUGGCCUCAGAACAACAGUCAGCACCAGCAAGCAAAUACAGGGGGUAUGCCAACAGGAGGAACUCUCUCGCCAACGCAGCAGGGGCAAGCAAACAUAUUCCGGCCAGCUUUUCAGCCUGCACUCGGACCUGAUGGCCGUCCGCCACCGCCGCAGAUGAAUUAUGGUACAGAAUUUACAGAUUUCUUUUUUUGCUCACUUGAUCUUGCGCAAAUGCGCCAUUGGGUCGCGUUUUUGAGUUAUGCUUAUCACUUUUCGCAAACACAUUUUACUAGGUACGGUACCGCAACAGCAACAGGGGCCCAUAUAUGCGAUGUACUGAAGAGCAUUAGCAUCGCUUCCAUCUCGCUGUGUCGCCUUCGGACAUCUGGCCACAUCAUAUUACAUGCUUUGGUUCUCUUUUUCUCACGUAACGCUGUGAUUCAAGUGUGAUUCGUAGGGGUUGGCAGUAGCAUGUAUGUAAGUAUCAUCGAUUCAUAUGGGGAAUAUGACCUGGGAGCGCACUCUGUUUCAGUUUUGUUCUUCACGUUGCUUUGCGGGGAAAUUAUAAUGAUUCAUACGGUCACGACCAUAAAUAUUUUUGUUCCAAUCAUCAGGACGGGCCGUUUCUAUUUGGCUGACAUUAAAGAGGAAGACAUAUUUGAUAUGCAUCACAUGAUACUUAAUAACUUGAUUACAUAGUAGAUACUGGCGCCACCUACUAAUCAAAUAUGCGAAAUAUGAUGACUUCGGCGCUGCGCCGCUGUCUCAUCGCAGAUCCUCUGAAAUGCGACACUUGGUAGAUACAGUGUUGAGACGUAGCCAAUGCACGUGAUUGGGAUGCCUACUUCGACGUCGAUUUGUGCACGGGUAAUAUCUUUUUUGCCCACUACUCUCUUACGCAAUAUGCAUGGUUUCGCGUGCGCACAGUCGACACAAAAGGAAAAACUGUUUCGAAAGAAAAGCCACUAGUGUUGAUAUUGUCCGCAGAUAGAGAACUUUACUUCUAGAUUUAUCGGACAUCGCCAGUCCACAAGAACAUCCACUGCUUGCGUUGCCAAUUCGACCAGCCUUUUUUUGGAAAUGCUAGCUGGUCAAAUUGAGGCCGCCUCGUGGCAGCAGCAAAGAAGAAAUGGCUGAACCUAAACUUUCUAUUGAUAAGAUGAGGUUUUGGCUUUGCUGUUUCGGCAGUAUGACAGGUUCCUGCAUCAAGAAGUCAUAGGAAAGAUAUUGCAAAUAGGUCUGUUACCACCUGCAUGCAAGUCUGACCCGGAGACACCGGUGUAAAGCUAAAACACCAUGCGCAUUCUGGAUGAUGGUAUCUGAAUCAUCGCUGAGGUAAGAAAAAGAAAAUGCUACGACUUAUCACGUUGCAGAUCUUACUUUAGAAGUAUUGCAUGCCGGAGCUAAAAAAGGAAACUGUAUCUUCCCCUCACUGUUUGCAAGUCGAUGACUCACUGCUUUUCAGAGUUAUCUCUUUCGCUUUGUUGUGGUCCGUGUACAAUAAAGACACAACUGUUUUUUGACCAUUUUUGGUUGUUCGUAGGAAUUCCAGAGGACAUGCUAUUUUAGUUUAGUUUAGUUCAGUUCUAGUCGAGUUGUGCUGUUUUGAUACUUUCCCGUGUAGUUGUCUUUGUUUUGAGACAUUGUGUUGAGGCAUGAGUAUGGGAAUCUUCCGAUUUUGUUUUAGAGAAAAAAGUCUUGUUGAAUGUGAUGAUUUUUGCUGUGAAUAGAAGAAAUAAAAUCAAUAAGCAAAAAAUGAGAGGCAGAUCGCUCAACGCUUAAUUAUCGGAACACUGACGG